AUGUUCGCCUUCAACGUUAACGUGCAUUUAUUAUAUAUGUGGGUUGUGGUAAUUAACCUACUCGUUGUUUUAUUGUUGAUAUCUUUAUCGCUUGUGUCGGCAAACAAAGAGCGCACCUUAAGCGACAAGCCAAAACUGGAAUACUGUCCAUUUUUCGCCAACAGAGCUCCAAAUAUUCAACUGGGUCUGAAAAAUUGUACGUGGUUCAGAGAAAAUAGCUGCUGUCGACAACAAGAGAUUGAUGCUAUAUUUUCGAGAGUGAAGCCACUUCGAGGUGCAUCUCCGGCCUGUCAACGCUAUACAAAUUAUCUCAUGUGUUACGUGUGUGCUCCGAACCAGAACACAUUUUACAGAGUAGAAAGCUUAACCGUCUGUGAAGAAUUUUGUGAUGCCUGGUAUGAAGCGUGUCAGAAUGCAGUACUGAAAGGGUCUGUUAUAAAAGAACUCUAUUCCAAUGGAUCAGAGUACUGUGCCAGCAGAAGAUUCAAAGUGCAACCAGCCGAAACAAGCAGCUGCUACUAUUUUGAUGCCAGGCGAGACAAAAGUGAGGCUUCACGUUCGAUGGUGUGGCGAAUGUUGUUAAGUGGAGUAUUGAUUUUCCCAUGCAUACAACGAUUCCGAGAUUUCGUUUAG